ACGCUAGUAACAGCUGUGUGGUGUCUUUGUAGAUACUUAAACGCGACAUUCGUGUAUUUUCUUGCCGAUUUCCAAGGUCACGUACCUCGCAUUAUCAACGCGACAACGCCAGCGGCAAAUCGGGGAGAUUAGGUUUACGUUCUGUGCCCGAGGAAAAGAUUACGUCGAAGUGUUUGGAAAAAGUAUAGGUUAUAGUGUUGCAUUUUUCGAGCAUUAGCUAUAUUUACCGAGAAUGUUCUAAUAGGUUUUGAGUUUCGAAGAUUUACUAAUGGACUAGAAGAUUUAACGAUCUUCUAGAGAAAACCUCGUGAAGAUGUCAAAUUGGAAUGACAACAGGGGUCCGAUUCCGCCCCGAUGGUUAACCUGUCCGCGCAAAGCGGUGAAAUUAAUUCAAAAUAAGUUUCUCGCUUUCAAGACGCCGUUGUCGGCCGCGUUCGACAGCCAAGUACCGGAGGAAUGUCGUUUCACGUUGGAAAUGUUGUUCGCGUCGUUAAAGAGCCAGAAGCUGAAGUUGGGCCUAUGGAUCGAUCUAACUAAUACCACAAGAUUCUACGAUAAGAAAAGUCUGGAGACGUACGGCUGUAAAUAUUUGAAAUUGCAAUGUCGAGGUCACGGCGAAACACCGUCGGAAGAACAAACAAGGACAUUUGUACAAGUCUGCAAGAAUUUCAUAUCGUACAAUCCGCUGGAAAUUAUCGGCGUUCAUUGCACGCAUGGUUUUAAUAGAACAGGUUUCCUUAUAAUUAGCUAUUUGGUAGAGAACGACGGUACCAGCGUAGAUGCCGGUCUAGUGGAAUUUGCUACAGCAAGACCACCGGGUAUAUACAAAGCUGAUUAUAUACAAGAGUUAUUUAAGCGAUACGACGAUAUAGAGGAUGCACCUCCUCCUCCUCCUAGGCCAGCAUGGUGUUUGGAAUAUGAUAAUUCCGAUAUAGAAGAUAGGGAUGAGGGACCCAGUACGGAAAGCGAUAAUCGUAGUCAGGAAGGGCUUAAUAGAAAGAGAAAGCGCGAACACAAUAACAAAAACCCUAUAUUUAUGGCUGGUGUGCCGGGUGUAAUUCCUAUUUUAGAGGAACGAAAAUUAAGCGGAAUACAAAGACGCGUUCAAGAUAUAUGUUCUUGGGAAUCAUCGGGAUUUCCUGGUUCUCAACCAGUCUCUAUGGACGAGAACAACAUUAGAUUGUUGCAUGAAAAACCGUACAUGGUGUCCUGGAAGGCAGACGGAACCAGGUAUAUGAUGUUGAUACAAGCAGACGGAGAGGUGUAUUUCAUAGAUAGAGACAAUAGUGUGUUUCAAGUUAGUGGAUUAACAUUUCCACAUAUAAGGGACAUAUCCAGGACUCUCAGAGACACAUUGUUGGACGGUGAAAUGGUGAUUGACAAGGUAGAUGGAAAAUCGAUUCCAAGAUACUUAGUUUACGAUGUAGUUAUGUACGAUGGCAAAGAUGUGAGUAAAUUACCGUUUCAUCCCGAUCGUUAUUCGAUUAUCGAGCGGGAGAUUAUGGGUGGUAGACAUAAGGCACUGAAAGAAGGAAGAUUGCGAAAAGAGAAGGAACCGUUCGCAGUACGGUUGAAAUUCUUUUGGGACGUGACGCAGGCUGGUAGUUUAUUAAGCGACAAAUUCGCCAAACAGCUCUGCCACGAACCAGACGGUUUGAUAUUUCAACCCGCUAAAGAACCGUAUUGUCCAGGUCAAUGUAAAGAAGUAUUAAAGUGGAAACCGUUGUCGCUUAACUCUGUUGAUUUUAAAUUGAAAAUAGUUACAGACUCCGGAGUAGGAAUUGUUCAAAAGAAAGUUGGACAUUUAUACGUAGGUGGAUUAAAUGUGCCAUACAGUCAAAUGAAACUCACCAAAGAAAUAAAGGAUUUGAAUAAUGCAAUAAUAGAGUGCAAGCUCGAGAACGGCGAAUGGGUUUUCAUGCGUGAAAGGAACGAUAAAUCGUUUCCGAAUUCAAAGAGUACGGCGGACUCUGUGUUGAAAACUAUUGGUACACCGAUAACAACGGAACGUCUUGUAGAUUAUAUUAAUAGGCAUAGAUUCUUGCAAGACGAUUCCGAUCUAAUGCCACCGCCGAGUAAAAAGAGGAGAUGAUCGGAAACUGCGGCUGAUUAAGCGCAGCUUCGUCAAUAUUAUUAUUUACUUAGAAUUUAAAAAAAAAAAAUUAUACAUUUAUCGUAACGUUUAAAAACAGUUUACAAGCAUGAACUACUUUUACCU